AUGUUUCUCCAAGAACCCCUUCUUCUCCCAGGAGUAACCCUCGCAUCUUCAUCUGACCAGUCAACAUCAACAUUCCAAGUCAUAGAUCCAGCAACAUCCCACCCCAUCGCAACCCUCGCCGACUCUACCCCCGAGCACUGCCACACCGCCAUCACGAACUCCCUCUCUGCAAAUGAAGCCUUACGAUCCCUGAACGCUCGUGCCCGCGCUUCCCUGCUCUUAAAAUGGUACACUCUGGUACUCGAAGCCGAAACGGACCUGGCGACUAUCAUCACCGCGGAAAACGGCAAGACGGCCCGCGAAGCGCGAGACGAGGUGAAAUAUGCAGCGGAGUUUUUAUUCUGGUUUGCAGGGGAGGCGCAGAGGGUUUAUGGAAAUGUAAUUCCAUCUUCUGCACCCAAUACCAAAGCCAAAACAAUCCACCAGCCCAUCGGUCUGGUUAGCAUAAUAAACCCCUGGAACUUCCCCGCCGCCAUGGUCACCCGGAAAGUCGGGGCUGCGUUUGCAGCCGGCUGCGCCUGUAUUCUCAAGCCUGCGACAGAGACCCCUCUGACCGCGAUCGCUCUGGCAACGUUGGCUGUUAGGGCUGGAUUCCCCGAGCACGCGCUGCAGUUCAGUUUUACGGGGUCCACCGCUGUAGGGAAGAUGCUUGCGGCGCGGUGCAUGAAUCAUGGUGUUAAGCAGUUGAGCCUUGAACUUGGGGGUAACGCCCCAGUUGUUGUCUUUGAGGAUGCGAAUGUGGACAAGGCCGUGGAGGGAAUUAUGGUGAGUAAGUUCCGGCUCUCGGGGCAGACCUGUGUAUGUGCCAACCGAGUUUUCGUCCACUCGAGUAUCUAUGGGGCUGUUGUCAAGCGGUUGGUGGAAAGGAUUAGAGCCGAGUUAAAGCUUGGUAAGGGGGAUGAAGAGGGAACGACGAUGGGGCCGUUGAUCUCAGCACAGGCGGCGGAGAAGGUUGCUGCUCAUAUGGAGGAUGCGGUGCAGAGGGGCGCGAAGGUUGUUGUUGGGGGUGGAGUCUCGGAGCUUGGUGCUGCGUUCUUCGAGCCGACGGUACUGGUCGACGUCAGUCCAGGCUCGAUUUGCUUGGAGCAGGAGACAUUUGGGCCGCUGGUUCCGGUUGUGCGGUUUGACAGAGAGGACGAAGUGGUGCAUAUGGCGAACCGCGUGGCGGCUGGGUUGGCCGGGUAUAUCUUCACCGAGAGUAUUGCGAGGGCUGAGCGGGUGAGCGAGGCGUUGGAGGUUGGCAUGAUCGGGGUCAAUACCGGCAAGAUCAGCGAUCCUGCGGUGCCGUUUGGAGGAAUCAAGGAAAGCGGCAUUGGAAGAGAGGGCUCAUGGCUGGGUAUCCACGAGUACCUCCAAGUCAAAAGCAUUACCACAAAUAUCAGCCCAUAG